UAAGUUAUGGGAUAUCCAGUGGGGUUGUUGCUUCAGUCAGGUGCACGUGCUCGUGCUGAUGUGCACUGCUGGUGAAUAUGCACAUCCACAGUCAGUCAUACAUCCACUGACGUCGGAGGUUUUGCAGGCGAUUCAGUUGCAGCGUGUACACUUUUUUCUAGUGGGGACUUGUUCAGCCCCCCGAGGCUCCUGUCCCACCGACCCCUCAGCCAUUACUAUAAUACUUCUAACCAGACGCACCCCUGCUCCCUCGUCUAUGCCUAUCACGAGCAGGAGCGGAGGAGGAGAAGACCUCCCAUUUAAAAAAGGAGGAAAAAAAAAAAAACAGUAUUGUCGGCCGCAAUGGGACGGACCAAGAACUUGUCGCUCUUUAAGACUUGCCCUUCCCUGUGUGGCCCUCUCUCUCUCGCGCGCUCCCGCUCGCUCUGUCGCUCACCCACCCGCGCAGUCCGUGCCUUUGAUCUUCCCUUAACAACAAGUCGCGUCACCGCACACGGCGCUAAAGGCACUUCGUGUCGGGGAAGGAAGGCGACGCGCAGCAGAGCCUCCGGAAGGCUUCGCUUCAGAGCAGCAUCCGCGGAAGCUCCUGUCACGCAGACCGCCGCCCGCGCCCAGAGCCGCGCACCCGCAGGCAGCCCUCGAGAGGCCCGGCGAGAGACCCCAGCAGACAUGGAACAGCUGCUGUGCUGCGAAGUGGAGACGAUCCGGAGAGCGCACCAGGACGCGAACCUGCUCAACGACCGGGUCCUGCACACUAUGCUCAAAGUGGAGGAGAAUUACCUGCCUUCCGCGAAUUACUUCAAGUGCGUGCAGAAGGACGUGGUGCCGUACAUGAGGAGGAUUGUUGCCACGUGGAUGCUGGAGGUCUGCGAGGAGCAAAAAUGUGAAGAGGAGGUUUUUCCUUUGGCUAUGAACUAUUUGGACAGAUUUUUGUCAGUGGAGCCCAUAAAGAAAUCCAGAUUACAGUUACUGGGAGCUACGUGCAUGUUUCUGGCUUCUAAGAUCAAGGAAACCAUCCCUCUGACUGCGGAGAAGUUGUGCAUUUACACCGACAACUCCAUCAGACCCAGUGAACUCUUGCAGAUGGAACUCCUGGCGUUGAAUAAACUGAAAUGGGAUCUGGCCUCGGUGACUGCCCACGAUUUUAUUGAGCACUUCCUCUCCAAACUGCCGGUCCACCAGGACACCAAGCAGAUCCUGCGCAAGCAUGCCCAAACUUUUGUGGCCCUGUGUGCAACAGAUGUGAAAUUCAUCGCCAGCCCACCCUCCAUGAUCGCGGCUGGCAGUGUGGCGGCAGCCAUCCAGGGCCUGCACCUCAAGAGCACUGACAGCCUACUUUCGUCACAGAGCCUCACAGACUUCCUGUCACAAGUGAUCAAGAGUGACCCGGACUGCCUGAGAGCAUGUCAGGAGCAGAUUGAGUCAUUGCUGGAGACAAGCCUGCGACAGGCACAGCUGACCCACAAUGGCUCUACGGACCCCAAGGGCAUCGGUGAGGAGGCGGACCUUUCCUGCACACCCACAGAUGUGCGGGACGUAAACAUCUGAGCAGAAAGGUCUGUCAAGCUCGGGUCCACAUCGAGAGUGCCACCUAGGGGCUCAGAGGGGGCGGGGGAAGGCCCUGCCCCUGGGGCAAAGAACCCCCCCAAGCACGCUCCCUCGCGCCCACAUGAAACAAGGAUACAACAUGGCUAUGUUCCGCUGGCAACGGCUGCCAGAUAAGAAGGGAUCCAUUGCCCCUCCUCACAAUACACACCUUCACUCCCUCUUCCCUCUGGCAAAUGGAGAAAAAAACAGCAGCAAAAAAUAAACCCUGUGACAACAUCCAAAAAGACAGAGAAAAGAAAGUUUGAAAAAGUGAAAAAAUGCAGUCUACAACAAUAUGCCACCGAAAUAAAUGUUUAUUCCAGUCGGAGUCAGUAAUCAAUAAGUGUUUGUAACUAUAGACGGUCUGUGUGUAAAAACAAAAAACUUUGAAAAGUAGAUGCAAUGAGUCUGGCUUCAUCUCCGGACAUUGUGUCUAAUGCCAGUUUUUUUCUAAGUGUGUAAAAUCCUUUCUGAAAGAGAAGAGGCGUUUGGUUGUUUGUUAGCAAAAUGUUUCAGCUUCUCACAAAACCAAGCUGUUUCACCCUCUAGCUUUAUCUGUCUGCUAGCUUUUGCCUUUAGUCACUUUAUUAUAUUGUCUAGGCUUUUUUGAAUUUUGAAUCUUUAGUUUUUAAUCACAUUCUCUUCUGAAAUGGUUAAUAUAGCCACAUGUUGUGUAUUUGUUUAGCACACAUUACUCUGUGUUAUUCCUUUAAAGGCUGUGGAUUGCCAAAUGUUUUGGCUUGUAAGGUAUAACCUUUUGACACUGCGCAUGUAAAGACCAGAUACCUGCUCAUUAACAUAUAGCCAAUAACAAACAUACCAGUUUUGUCCUUUAGCAUAAACUGGGUGUUAUUCAGGCAAGUAGAGUAGGUGGCAAGCAAUAAGUUGAUGUAAAGCUGAAAUCCUUUGUCCACAGCCUUUUUUGAUUAUUAUAGUUGUCCUUUUUGCUAAAACCAUUCCAUCUGAAAGCACUUUCAGUCAAUUAGGACAUUGCUGACUCCUUUGAGAAACCAUGGGUGAAAUUUCCCUUUGAAAUCGAAUGGUUUUGGGAUUACAGACCUGUUUGUGUAAUCCAGAUUUGGUCCCUUUCAUUGUGGUGUCGCUGGUGAAUAGAAAUGUCGUUCUGGAGUUAUAUGUCUUGGCAAGCGUAUUUUUGCCGAGCUUCCAUCUCCUCUCCCUCCCGGACGGACUGGAAAGUUGCUUGAAAACCCAAGGUUCCACGUUGGGGUAGUGGGGCAUAUGUCGUGCGUAUGUUCAAUGGCACAAACUGGCAUUUUUGUUUUCUUAAACAGCAUCUGAAGCAUUUGAAACACUGAUGUAAGGUAUAGUUAUAGUAAGCCUUAGGAUUUAUUUAUUGCUAAAUCUCCUCCUUUUGAGGUCAGUACAAAUAGGAAAAAGAAGAUUGGUCUUCUUUGUGAUUAUUUAAACCUAAGUAUGUGGUUGCUAACAAAGCAAUGCGUGAUUAUUUUAAAUAGGAGAACGUAAUUUCUUCAGUAGGCCUUGCUUAGAAAAUACUGAGAAUGAACAAACACAGCAUAGGUAAAAUACAGAUAAAAUUGCUAUACCUGGGGGAAGACGUAAUAAUAAUGUUUAAUUGUUUUCCCUACUUUCAGAUGUAUUGUAGCUAUAAGAAAUUUUUGCACGUAUUCAAAGACAUAUUGUUGCGUAUUUCAUAAAUGGAGGGUUGAAGGUGGAGGGAAGAAUAACUGAAGUUGCCGAGGAACAGGUAAGGGCAUGGUGUAACUGAGUAAUCGCCGAAUCAAGGUGUUGAUUGUACAUUGUGGGAAAAGAUAAUGAAAAUCACAGUGCACACGCCUUAUUGAGCUGCUAUGGAGGAAUUCCCAGCAAAGUAUGAUUUUUAUAAAUGAAACAAGAAAACAAAAUAAUGCCUUUUUCUUAUCUAAAUGUUUUGCUGCUAUUUUUGUGUAUAAUGUUUUAUUAUAAUGUCAAUAUACUGCCAUGUGAUAGGUUU